CUUUUUAUUUUCAGCUUUUGCACUCCAUGCCUGCAGGAAUGUCUGAAGCCUAUUAAGCCAGUCUGUGGAGUCUGCCGCAGUUCCCUCUCUCCUGGCAGUAGAGAUUUGGACCUGGAAAAGCAAAUUGAAAUGACAGAAACCACUUGUGAUGGCUGCAAUAAAAAAAUGUACCUCUCAAAGAUGCGAAGUCAUGCAGCUUCUUGUUCAAAAUACCAGAAUUAUAUAAUGGAGCGUGUUAAAGCUGUAACUAAAGAACCACCUCGAAACACCAGAAAUGUUCCAAAUCGUUUUACCUUUCCUUGUCCUUACUGUAGUGAGAAAAAUUUUGAUCAGGAAGGACUAGUUGAGCAUUGCAAAAAGUACCAUACCAUGGAUGCAAAACAAGUGGUUUGCCCAAUUUGUGCCUCGAUGCCCUGGGGAGAUCCAAAUUAUCGGAGUGCUAACUUCAUGGAACAUCUUCAGCGACGACAUCAGUUUUCCUAUGAUACGUUUGUGGAUUAUGAUGCUGAUGAAGAUGAUAUGAUGGCACAGGUUUUGCUACGCUCCUUGAGGGAUCAGUGAACUAGAAUGGGAGAUAAACUGAUAUACCAGAAUUAGGGGAAAAGACACAAAAUCCGUGACACCUGUCAUUUCUCAUCCCAAGAUGAUCUCUGACAUCUGAAAAUAAAUAUGGAAGAUUUUGAAGAGUUACAGUUUCUUGGCUCCAGUAUCUGAUCUCUCCAUCCAUUUUGAAGGGUCUCUUUGCUGCUGCUCAUCCAGUUAGGGUGUUACUCUUGCUCCCUUGACUAUUCUUGAAACGCUACAGUGGCAGAGUUGCAGUUGUGCUGCUGUAGUGCUUCAGUGAAGAUGCUGCCAGUGCCAACAGUGGGGAUUCUCUUGUCAAUGUAGGUAAUCCACUUCUCCAAGAGGCAGUAGCUAGGUCAGCAGAGAAAGUUCUUCCAUUGACCUAGCUUUGCCUAUGCUGAGGGUUAGGUUGGCUUAACUAAGCCAGAGGAGUGGAUUUUUCACAGCCCAGAACAACAAAGCUGGAUUGACCUAAUUUUUUAGUGUAUUCUAGGCCUCACAACUGAUCUACGCUUAAUUUAUACUCCUGUAGCUAUAGCAGUUAGAAGUGUGAAGAAACCCACAUCCCUAACCAGUGUAGCUAUAUCAACAAAACUCCCAGUGUAGAUGUUGUUGUGCUGACAUAAGAAUGCUUCUGCUGGCACAGAGGUGGUGGUGAUUAUAUACUGGCAGAAAAACUUUGAUGUGCACAUCUCCACUUGUGGGCUAUGAUUGUAAGACACAUAGCUUAAAUUCAGCCAGUUGUCUCCAUUUCUGCUGCCUCCUCUCAUUUUUCUUCCCCAUAUCCUUCUGCUCACUAUAUUCAUCUCUGAUUUCCUCAGAUCCCAUAAAACUAUAAAGCUUUCAAGAUGGAAUGGCGUCAAUUGAUAGUUGAAGACUACUUUUUUUUAAAAAGCCUUGAAAAUAUAUGCUUCUUAAAUGUUGUUUGAGCAUUGGAAGCAAUCAAUGGAAAGCCAGUUGUUGGAUGCAACUGUCAAAAAUUGGUUUGCAUUUUAAGACUACCUACAGCAACUAUGGACUACACUUAACAGUUUAUAAUGCUGGUAGUCAACCUGAAGGGUAUAUGUAAUAAAUUCUAACGUAGUACAAUAUUACUAAUACAUAAUAGGUUACCUAAAUAAUAAGUCUUUAAAUGAUACACUAACAGUUCUGUGCACCUGCAUAAGAGAUUUGUUCAGCAGCUGCAUGUUACAAACUGGCAUAAAUUAUAAAUAAUCAUAUUCUAGUGAUAAAUUUCUAGCAUAGAAAGUACAACUGUAUUAAAAAGAUAAGAUAAUUCUUACUACUUUUAAAAAAAAAUUCACAGGAAGUAUUUCUUCUUUUUAUUGUUAGAUGUGACACAACCUUAUUUGCUGUCUUGGCAUUUUUUUACAUCUUUGGCAUUGGUAUUCUAGAGUUUGAACCGUUAAGCAUUAAAUGCAACCUUUCAUUGACAGGAAUUCAAAAGCAAAAAUUUUACUUUUACCUCUACGUUGUUUUUUAAACUAUAAAAUGUUCCUGUAAAUUGUCAAUUCUCCUGUUCCUCCGGACAACCUGAGAGUUACAAACUGGAAUAAUAAUAUGUAGUGUUUAUACCCACUCCUUGUAUACUUUACAAAUUCUAAUAAUGGUUUGAAUACCUGAGCUUCAUUUAAAUGAGAAUUUCUGGUGUCUUCUGAAAGAUGUGAUGUAAAGAGGGGAAUUUGUAUUUAGAAUAUGGUCUUCAUGUAGUGUGUGUAUACAGGUGUAGUAUUGUGGCAGACAGGUGGAAAGCUGGGACACAACUCAAAUAUGUGUCACACAAAGGUACGGUACAUUCCACUUUAAAUGUGUGAAUGUAACAAGCAAAUUAUAAUGUCUAAUUACUAUGUCCUAUGCAGUGACACUUGAUUAACGAUGUCCCUUCUGUUGAUGGAUUGUGUAAUACUCCAUUACUUCCCCAUACACAUGGCGCCAAAACUUAAGCUUCAUUACUACAUGUCUGUUGGGGCUGAGCUUCAAUCUGACAUGAAAGAAGACUUAAGUUGAUUUUUGCUUUGUGUUAUGGGGACUAUUGCACUAAAAAAACUUGAUUGUCAGAAACUGAGGUAAAACUGCACCAGGGUCUGUGCUUUCAGAAUUGACUGGAUUUGUGUACCUAUCUUCUGCACACAGUUACUUGCACAAAUUAGACACCUAAAUGCUUGUGCAAUUCAGAGCAUGCAAUUCUGAAAACUAGGGCCCAGAGUAUGUUUGUUUGAUGUGUAUCCCCAGGGAAUUAUAUGACAAUAAUUAUAUGUAGUUUCAUCAUCUUUAGAGUCUUCAUCAACUAGCUGUAACUCCAAGACUACGUAUUGGUGACAAUAGAAUUCUAGGCAUGUCAUCUAAUGACCUCGACUAGUGUGGUGGUUUAUGUCCAAGUGGCUCACUGUUAAUUCCGUUAAUGGAUAGCAGUUGAUAUUACCUACUAGAAAAUGCUGCUUGCUUUGGUUUAACUUUUUUUUUAUUGAUAAGUUAGCACUUAGAAGCUUCAAAGUACUGAGGUCCCAUUAUCAGCUAAGCCACCCGUCUCUACUGGGUCUUCAACUCACUUUUUUGAACUGUUCUAAGUAGUAGUUUAAAGAGUUCCAGCUAAAUGGUUUGUUUGACAUUUGGCCUCAUCCACACAGGCUGGGCAAGUUUAAACCAUUUUAAAUUGAACUGGCUUUUAAUAUGACUUUGCUAAUUUGGAACAGACAAUAAUCUGCUUGACUUGCGUGUUGACUUUUAAAAAGUGAUUCACAUGUAUUUUUGAUACUCGGCUCAGCAGAUAUCGUAACAUCUUUCAACACUUUUGGGUGGAGGCUCCUAAUAUUGAAUUAAAGAGUUUGUAGGUUCUGGUUAGAACCCAAAGUCUUGUACUACACUGACUGAUUCCAGAUUUCUGCUAGUAUUUAAGUGCACUUCCAUGUAAUUCCGAUAAAAUGUUU